UUUUUUCAUUAUUUUUCCGCGUUUAAGAUACUGUCGAUUAGACAGGCAAAAAGCUUGACGAAAAUGGAGCAGAUGAACGGAUACGUUGGGACAUGCCCCUUUAAUGGUGACAGUGAGGUGAAAGUGGAGAAUCAGAAAAAUGGAAAGCCGAACCUUCGUGUGAAGGUACCACAGCCGAUGAGGCUGAGAAACCUCUUGCUGCAUGAAGAGACCUUCGAUACGUUACAAUCGAGAGCCGACGAAUUCGCCAGUAAUAAUACAAAAUGUACAGAAAAGCUUUGCCAAUCAAGUGUAAUGGACAUUCCAAGUAGAGGAGACACACCAAGAACAAUAGAAGAGGUGUACAAGGACGCGAAAUCAUUCCUAGGACAGUACUAUGCCUCUUUUCACAGAGAAAACACAGACUCGCAUCGUGCACGACUGGAAAAGGUCAGGCAAGAGUUAAAGGAAACUGGAACAUAUCAAUUGAAAAGUUCAGAGUUAAAUUUCGGAGUUAAGUUGGGGUGGCGCAACGCAACCAGGUGCAUAGGACGGAUACAAUGGAAGAAGUUACAGAUGUUCGAUUGCAGAGAAGUCACAAAUGCCACUGGCAUGUUUAAGGCAUUAUGCGACCACAUCAGAUAUGCCACGAAUAAGGGGAACAUAAGGUCAGCAAUAACCAUAUUCCCGCAGCGAACAGAAGGCAAGGGAGACUACAGGAUUUGGAACUCUCAGCUCAUAAGUUAUGCCGGAUACCGACAGCCUGACGGUACAGUGCUAGGGGACCCAGCCAAAGUAGAAUUCACAGAGAUAUGCAUAAAACUGGGUUGGAAACCGCCAUACACAGCAUGGGACAUCCUUCCUCUGGUGCUGUCAGCUGACGGCAAGGAUCCAGAGUACUUCGAUAUACCGCGAGAGAUCGUCAUGGAAGUUCCUAUGGAGCACCCCAAAUACGAAUGGUUCAAGGAUUUGGGCUUGAGAUGGUACGCGUUGCCAGCGGUUUCGAACAUGAGUCUUGACUGCGGCGGCUUGCAGUUCACCGCGACUGCUUUUAACGGGUGGUAUAUGGGCACCGAGAUUGGAUGCCGCAACUUGAGUGACUCUAAUCGAUUAAACAUCAUAGAGAGCGUGGCUAUGAAGAUGGGGCUAGACACGAACUCUUACGUGUCCCUGUGGCGAGACAGAGCUCUGGUGGAAGUGAACAUUGCCGUGUUACACAGCUUCCAUCGGGACAACGUGUCCAUUGUCGACCACCACUCCGCUUCCGAGCAGUUUAUGAAGCACUUGGACAAUGAAAAUAAGAGCAGGGGAGGGUGCCCAGCUGACUGGGUAUGGAUUGUGCCCCCAAUGUCAGGGUCACUGACUGCGGUAUUUCACCAAGAAAUGGCGUUGUAUUAUAUCAAGCCUUCAUACGAUUAUCAGGAGCCUGCUUGGAAGACGCAUCAGUGGUCUAAGCCAACCAUAAAAAAUAAAACUGGAAAGAAGAGGUUCAUUCAAAUAGCACGCGCCAUCAGGUUCACAUCCAAGCUAUAUGGCAGAGCGCUUUCCAAGCGAAUAAAGGCCACUAUACUGUACGCCACUGAGACAGGCAAAUCUGAACAGUAUGCUAAGGAGCUAGGCAGUAUUUUCGGGCACGCCUUUAACGUGCAGGUGCACUGCAUGGCUGAUUACGAUAUGUUUUCAAUAGAACACGAGACUUUAUUGUUAAUAGUGACUUCAACAUUUGGAAACGGCGAACCUCCUGCAAAUGGAAUAGACUUUAUAGACCAUCUCUUUAAAAUGUUUUAUCAUGAAGCGAACCAUCGUGGCGACACAACUGGAGAUAUCGCUUCAGGCAAUAUGAAAGUUCCUACGCCAAAAUCAUUAAUGAGAACCAAUAGUUUAAUGACACCAAGUAUUGAAUACAAAAGGCAGCUGACUAGAUUAGAAUCAAAUAAAAGCAGUAUUGCGGGUUCAUCAUCAGCGGAGCAUUUGGGUCCCCUGAGUAACAUCUGCUUUGCAGUAUUCGCUUUAGGCUCCAGCGCAUAUCCAAAAUUCUGUAAUUUUGGUAAAACCGUAGAUAAAAUAUUAGGAGAUUUAGGUGGGGAGAGACUUUUAGACUUAGUAUGUGGAGAUGAAAUGUAUGGCCAGGAACAACAAUUCCGGAAUUGGUCACCCAACAUUUUUCAUGUAGCAUGUGAAACGUUUUGCUUAGAUGAAAACGAUAUGGUUAUAGAUGCAAAGAAAGCCUUAGGAAGUAUGCCCUUAACGGAAGAAACGGUCAGGUUUGGCAAAGCUCACACUGGAAUAACACUGAAGAGUGCCCUUGAAUCUAGUUUUAGAAAACAAUUAAUACCUUGCACUGUUAAAGAAAAUAAGCUGCUAGGAGAUUACACUGCUGAUAGAGCCACUAUAUUUGUUGAUAUGGAACUUGAACAUGAAAUAAAAUAUGAUCCUGGCGAUCACGUAGGAAUAAUGGCAUGUAAUAGAAAAGAAAUUGUUGAUGCCGUACUGACCAGACUUAAUUUAGAAAAAUGCAAUUUAACAGUACAAUUGGAAGUUAUGAAAGAAACACUCACACCUACAGGUGUUAGGAAAACUUGGGAACAACAGGAUCGUUUAUCAUCAGCUACAGUUAGAGAUUUAUUUACAAGAUUUUUGGACAUAACUACACCACCAUCAACAACAGUUUUAAAAUAUCUCGCUAGUAAAUGCAGUGAUGAAAAUGAAGCUAGUAAAAUGAAAGAGUUAAUUACGGAUUCCAACAAGUAUGACGAUUGGAGACAUUUUCACUAUCCUCAUCUGGCUGAAGUCUUCGAACAGUUCCCUUCAUGUCAACCUCAAGCAUCAUUACUUGCAGCCUUGUUACCACGACUACAGCCAAGAUUUUAUUCCAUAUCUUCAUCGCCUUUAGUACAUCGAAACAGAAUACAUAUCACUGUAGCAGUCGUAACUUAUAAAACACAAAAUGGUCAAGGACCCACACAUUAUGGAGUAUGCUCCACCUAUUUAAAAGAAUCAAAGCCAAGUGACCAAUUACUUGUGUUUAUACGUCGUGCACCAAACUUCCACUUGCCUAAAGAUAUAUCGGCACCACUUAUCCUAAUCGGCCCUGGUUCUGGUAUUGCACCAUUCAGAGGAUUUUGGCAUCACAGAAGACAUCAAAUUAAGAAUCUCGACUCUGGAAAAGACGAACCUGGAUCUGUUUGUUUAUUUUUCGGAUGCAGAAACAGAGGUAUGGAUUUAUAUAAGCAAGAAAAAGAAGAAGCUCUGCAAGAUGGAGUUCUGAGCAAAGUUAUGUUAGCUCUAUCCAGAGAACAGGGCGUUGAAAAGAAACAUGUUCAAGCUCUUUUAGAAGAUGAAGGUGAAGAAGUAACUCGAAUGUUACUACACGAAGACGGCCAUAUCUACGUAUGUGGAGAUUGCAAAAUGGCGGAAGAAGUACAACAGAAACUGAAAGCUAUUAUUAAAAAGCAUGCUGUAAUGACCGAGUCUGAAAUUGAAGAUUUUAUUUUGGAACUAAUGGAUGAAAAUAGAUAUCAUGAAGAUAUAUUUGGUAUAACUCUGCGUACUGCCGAAGUUCAAAGUGCCUCAAGAGAAUCCGCGAGAAAAACUCGAUUGGCAUCUUCACAAUCUCAAGCUUGAAGAAAGGAGCAGGAAUAUUACAUAAUAUUGUAAAUAAAUGAAAAUACAUACGAAUAUAUUAACUUCUGUGCACUCAAAUUUGGUAAUUUUACCGUAGAUUUUACCUAUGAAUUCUCUUAUCACACAGUAGCGGAUUUAUCAUUGGGAUUCAUUGAACUUUACAAAAUCCAAUAAACGUUAUGUGUGAAUGCAGUAAUAUAACACUAUAUAGACCAAAUUGAAAUAUACAUUAAUCAUAAUCAGUCUAGUCAUACUAAUGAGAACUUACAGUGAAUAAUAAUAUUGAAUUUGUUCUAAGUCUUUUGCAGUGCGUUCCCUUUACGCUAGUGUUUAGUUUCUCCGUAGGUCUUUUGUCUUAUGCUGACUGCGUUAUUAUGAAGAAUAUUAUGUAGGUACUAUAAUCAGUCCUAAUUUAUUGUUGUAUGUUGCAUCAUAUAUUUGAAUUACCUAUCCAUUUUGCAUCUCGCACAAACUCCACAUGUAAUAAUAUCGCGACGUACAACAUCCAAAAUAUUCGUGUUUAAUUGUUAAAACCAAAAGCUUUGUUACCGACCUACACCAAAAUUUUGUUUUAAAGUAAGUGCUAAAACACUAAUUUUACUAUCUUGCAUUUAGUAGAUAAUUUAGGUUACUUAUUUCAUAUAUUAAGUAUUUUUAAUAUUAUUACUUUAAUUUGUAAUAAGACAUUAUAAAAAUAUUUUUAAAUGAUGUUCAGCACAUUUACAAUUAAGAAAUAAAA